UAUUGUAUCAUGAGAGGAACGCGCUUUCACGAUGGCCUAAGGAGCCAUGGCUCACCUGGGCCAAACUUUGUCUUUCUUCCCCUUCGAGGCUUAACGGCGAUUCUUAAACCCUGUUCUGCAGUAUCAAGCAAGCUCCCGAGGAGUGAACAGACUAGGCAACUUCAAAACCAGAUCUAUCGAUUGUGCUGUCAAUUCGAGGCGCCUCCCUUUUACCUCACCUCGCCUCGUCCGAGCAGGUACCCACGGUCACGAUCACGGUUGGCCCCAUUCUCGGCUACACCUGAAGGCGCUCGCACGCUUGUAGAAAGUCACCCCUUUGACUUCCAGGUGUUAGGGUUACAAUUCGACCUCGACCUCGUUUUACGGUUCAUGCUUAGAAGUUGUACAGCGUCAGCCCGAGAACCCUCGCUGUCGACCCUCAGUCAUGUCUCCGAGUCUCGCGGGUCUGUAGUUCUGGCGCCCUUGCCAGACCCCGAGUCUCCCCACUUGUGCUUCUGCUGGAAGCUGCCAGCUAUCCUGACGUCGGGCCCUGACCCAAAAUCCCACGGUCGACGAUACCUGCGAAACAUCCACUGCACUAUCUAUUCCUGGUUUGCACUUCAGUCGCUUUUGAGAUAAGAUGGUUUCCCCGUCCGGCGCCAUCCUGGCACCCCCGGCAGUUGCCUCUCUAAGGGCACAACAGACAACUGCUAUGGAGAGGUCUUUGAGCCAGGACAUCCGGGAAGAGCGCGAGGAGCUUCGAGAAGCUGCUGAACAGACUCUAAAUACCAUCGUGGACCUCAAUCUUGAUGGAACAAUUAAAUGGGUCAGUCCCUCGUGGACUGAUGUUGUAGGCACCCAGUUUGAGACAGUCAGUGGCCUGCCUAUCUCCGACCUGAUAGUUAGCGACAACAAAAAUGUGUUCACUGAAGUUGUCGAAUCCAUGAAGAAAGACGAUUCUCGGAGCCACAGAGUCCGAUUCGCUGUCAAUAUUGGACCCCUCUCGAAGCUUUUACCUAUCGACGACCUCGAAAAUGACCCCGAGAACGAGCAGUCACAUGCUGUAGACCUUGAAGCCCAAGGAAUUAUGGUAUACGACAGUGUCUCGGGUGGAGAGAGCCAUACAAUGUGGAUGAUUCGCCCUUGGAUAGCUCCACGAGAAAUCAAGAUCGACCUUCCCAACGUAAUCGUGGACUCGUUAGGCUCAGGUGCUGAAGUCCUGGCGAGCUAUCUGACUCAACUUGCUGAGAGCGGACUUGAUGACCCCGAACAACAAGAGCCUCCGCCACCGGUCCUCUGCCGCAUUUGCGAACGUCAGAUCCCUCGAUGGUGGUUUGAGAAACACACCGAUUUGUGUUUGCAAGAACAUCGGGCCGAGAUGGAUGUUCAAAUGGCACAGGAAAGCCUGACUGAGCAUCGACAUUCGAUCGUCAAGGUGCUCGACGCGUUAGAGGCCCGCAAGAGCCGGUCACUUGCUGGCGAUCAGACGCCUGUCCCAGUCGCCGAAUACAAAGGUUUGCCAAUUGGGCCGCCGCCAUCAACUCAGUCGUCACCUGGCAGUUCAUUGCCUCGAUCGAGGGAACGUUCUGGAGGACUUGGGCAUACUAGGGCACGCUCGUUCGCUAUUCGACGACCUCAGGCUCGAAUUGUCGAGCUGCUCAUGGAUCUUUGCGAUACCGCUAUUGAGAUUAGCACACCUGCGAUAAAGGAGUCCUCAACCCAACAAAGUGGCGAUUUUAGAACACAAUCCCCGCAAUCUGAGUCACGAAUAUCACAGGUUCUGCAAUGGCAAUCGCCAAGCACCAAUACUCUGGAGCAGGAACAAGGAUUGGCUCUGUUGUGCGCUGACACGGAGAAGGUUGCUAGGAACAAGGUCGACGCUGUUUUUCGUCACAGGAAAAUUAUCGAGUAUGCUGAACGUAUUCGUAUCGAACUUGCUUGCCUUGUCCAAGACUGUAUCGACGAGGCCCUGAGGAAGGCGGCUCGCAUAGCCAACGGCGAAUUGACCGACUCGACAGAAGAAGAACGGCUCAACUCAGAGUACGAACAAUGUGACACAUGUGAUGAAGGUACUGGAGACGACGAUAUACCUCCAGAACCCCUUGUCUCUGAACCUCAGCAUCUUCUGCAGCGAGGCAGCGAAAGCUUCACGGAGCCCUUGAGCAACCCAUCUGUGCUAGCCACUGCCCUUCGCCAGAUGAAUCUUUCUGAAAAUAAAGACCGAUCAAGACCAACGUCGUUUGUGGCCUCUACUAGAUCAAGCAGCCCUAAAGAGUGUCCUACGCCUAGAUCUCACUUUGGCGGGCAGAGUAGCCUUGGGGUUCAGGCACGAGAUACUCGCAGAGACUCGGUCUACUUAGAAGGUGACUUUCUUGAUAGCGAGGGCAGUUUUCGAUCGUCAUCAGUGGCAUCUCGCAAUGCACCAAGGACCGAGUCCCCCAUAUCUGAAUUUGGAGACCUCCGUCGCGCCGCGAGCACGAGAAGGCGACAUCGAAGGAGUCUGAUUUUACCUGGUACUUCUUCCCCUCACCGGCAGGAAUCACCCUCGAGACCAGGACAGCCGUCCUCGCCUUUACGCAUUAAAGCAAGGGGAUUUCCUAUGUCCCAGGAAGGUGUCGUCUCUCCAGAGGCGUCACCCAUGCUUCCGGGCAGUGACUUUAGUUCACCUGCCACGCACAGUCACAGACAUCACCGGAGGCAAUCUUCAGCAGCCAUUUCUGAUUUCGUCAUGAAGCCUCCGCCAUCGCCUCGCCUAGGUGCGAAUCAAGCACCCCCACAGCCUCGCCCAACCCAGCCAUCCAUCAAAGAUUUUGAGAUUAUCAAACCUAUCAGCAAAGGUGCCUUUGGCAGCGUGUAUUUAUCAAAGAAGAAGUCUACAGGAGAGUACUUUGCAAUCAAAGUACUCAAGAAAGCCGAUAUGGUCGCCAAGAACCAAGUCGGCAACGUCAAAGCGGAACGAGCUAUUAUGAUGUGGCAGGGGGAGAGCGACUUUGUUGCCAAGCUUUACUGGACUUUUUCGAGCAAGGACUAUCUAUACCUGGUGAUGGAGUAUUUGAAUGGUGGGGAUUGUGCUUCGCUAAUCAAAGUUCUGGGUGGUCUCCCCGAAGAAUGGGUGAAGAAGUAUCUUGGUGAGGUUGUCCUUGGAGUUGAGCAUCUUCACAGCCGAGGCAUUAUUCAUCGUGAUUUGAAGCCAGACAAUCUCCUUAUUGACCAGAAAGGCCACCUUAAGCUCACAGAUUUUGGCUUGUCUCGCUUGGGAUUGGUCGGCCGGCAAAAGCGAGCAUUGAAUAGUGAAAACUCUGAUGGAACGCCAGACCUGCUCAAACAAGGACCCUUUGCACGAUCUGCCUCUAUUGCUUCGUCAAGAUCAGCGUCACUUGAUCUCCACGGACAUACCCAUUCCCCUGGUCAGACGCCUCAGAUGACACCCGAAGUCGGAAGCUUGGCACAGCCUUCUUAUUUCAGUCUUGGCCAAGAGACCCGUCGAGUAUCAGGUACUCACCGAAGUGACAGUGGUGGUAGUGAGACACUUGCUCGUAUGGUCACCAACUUUUCCUUGCAUGACGCAGAGAUAGCAUCCCAAUCGAACAGCGUCAGGUCACCCCUAGAUGAGGAGGCAGUUGCGCAAGGCUCGCCCGAUCUACCCAUGAGUGUUAGCUCGAGAAUGAGUAUGGAUAGCCACGUCAGGAACUCUCUACCACUAUCCAAUAUGAUGCCACCUCCAAUGGCGCUUUUCAACCCUGAGGAUACAAACAGACGCUUCGUGGGAACACCUGACUACCUCGCCCCUGAAACUAUAAAAGGUGACAAACAAGAUGAAACCAGCGAUUGGUGGUCGGUCGGUUGUAUUUUGUUUGAAUUCCUUUAUGGUAUCCCACCGUUUCAUGCUGGUGAGGCCGAAGAGGUUUUCGAGAAUAUACUAGCAAGGAAGAUUCAGUGGCCUGACGAGAAUGAAUGUGAGCCCAUUUCCGAAGAGGCAAAAGAUUUGAUCAAUAAGCUCCUGUGCAUGGAGCCUCACCAGCGUCUAGGCUCCAAUCGCGAUGACAAGUUCGCCUCUGGUGGUGAAGAGAUUCGCCAUCACCCUUGGUUCCAGGAUGUCAAUUGGGAAACGCUUUUGGAGGACGAAGCUCAAUUUGUCCCACAGCCUGAGAAUCCCGAGGACACAGAAUAUUUCGACGCCAGAGGGGCAGUGUUGCAGUCUUUUGCGGAAGAGAUGGAAGAUCAGGCGUCUCCUCAGUCCUCCGCAGCUGGCUCUGAGUACGCUGAACGGCCCCAUGAUGCCCUUUCGCGGGUCCGGUCUCAGGUCAACUCUAUAAACCGAAAGUUGAUGCCGCUGCAUAUUCCCCCACAUGUCCGAGAUUUGAAGUCGAGGCGUUUGAGCGAGCCGGUGGCGAUGGACGACUUCGGCUCAUUCUCAUUCAAGAACCUACCUGUAUUGGAGAAGGCUAACAAGGACGUGAUCCAGAAGUUGCGAGCAGAGGCGCUAGCCACGCAAAGUAAAGGAACAUCCGUUAGCCCCGGGGCACCCAGCAAUGUUAUAUCACCAGGACCGUCGCUGGAAGGCAGCCCUGUCCUAUCAAACCCUGUCUCCAGAACCAUCUCCAACGCCAAGGCAACAAAUCGAGCACAAUCGCCAUCUGGAUUUGGUCAUACAAGUGCGUCGCCCAAUCGAGCCUCCCAACCAUCAUCACCCUUGUUGGUUUCAUUUGUCGCUGGCCCAGGUGCCGACGGACGACGAAAGGCGUCGAGUAACUCUUCCAGUCUAUCGCACCAGUCAACUGCCGCAUCUCUGCAGCCAGGUUCGGCAUUCGAGAUACCCAAGGUUCCCCCAAGCCUGCAAAAGGCCGCUACCACGGUCGCAGCAUCGUCUCCAGUCCAGAGUCGCAGUGCGGCGCCACCUCCUCUGUCACUGUCUCCCCAAAAGACUAUAUCCACCCCACGACAGUCUAGCAAUUCAUCUGCCGGACGUUCGAGAUCACUUACUGUGGGCUCUCAAUCUCAGGACGGCAGUCCUGUUGCUUCUGACAUAAUGCACCAUCAUCGAAAUCGGAGAAGCCAAGUCUUUGACAUGUCACCGUCCUCAUCAGAUAACGAAGGCGAGAAGCAUAACGCCCUUCUCCGAGUACAGAGGCGCAGACAGAGCUCAAGGCGGCUCUCGCAGAUUGCCUUCGAUGGAGGCCCUACUUUCCGGCCUCUCGAUGUGCUGAUUUGUGAAGAUCACCCGGUAUCUCGCAUGGUAAUGGAGAAAUUGCUUGAAAAGUUGAGAUGUCGUACAAUAUCCGUACCAAAUGGGUCUGAAGCUGUUCGAUACUCGAUGAGUGAGAUCAAGUUCGACGUCAUUUUCCUCGAGUAUCAGCUUCCUCAAAUCAAUGGAGCUGAUGUGGCACGAAUGAUUCGGGAGACCAAGAAUGCUAAUUCUCACACACCGAUUGUAGCCAUUACAGCUUACCUCAAGGAGCUUCAAGCACCACAUUACUUUGAUUCAUUAAUCGAGAAGCCCAUCAGCUCGUCCAAGCUUACUGAAGUUCUGCGCGGAUUGUGUCAGUGGCGGCCCGAGUCACCAGGUCAAUCAUCAAGUAUGCCACGCCCGAUCCCAAUGGGAAUCCGCAAAGCCAACUCACGACUUGAAGACAGUCCGACAUCAGGCUCGUCCAUCUUUGCGAGUCGACUGGGAAAUGCAAUGAUGUCAAGUCGUGAGGACUCGAUCACAUCAUCACUAUUUGGUGAUUCGGAAUCUGUGACGACUGAUGAGUUGCCGGUCGUUGUUAGUCGCAAGCCAACAAACGAAUGGGACGAAGGUGGCUUGAACAUCACAGACAAUAACGAUGCCUCUGACCCCCUAAGGAAGGGAGUACCUUCUCUCGUUGCUCAGCAAUCCGCGCCGGCUCAGAUGGAACACCGCCCACGAAGCAACGAUAAGCUGAGAGGGCGACGAGAAGGCCCUGAACAUAGAACUUUGGAGGGCACCGAAUCAGCUGAUGAUGAAGACGAAGAACUGGGAAGUGGUCGAGAAAAGCACCACGGCCGCAAUAGCCAGCAGAUACUGAGCAAAGCCGGUCUGCCCAGCUCGAAGCUCGGCAUUGAAAUGAUGCGGGCCAACAGUCACGAUAGCUUGACAGUGGGUUCGGAAAGCACGCCUGAAGCUGUGACGCAAGUCGUGACCACGCCUUCAAAGGAGAUGGAGACUGGAGUUCUGGAUGGUGAAGUGGUUGCAGAACCCACUGCACGUACUCCACCUGAUGCAGGACUGAAGGCAGAAGGUGUUACACCCAAUAAGGAGAAGGAUGGAACAGACAGUGUAGACGCAACACCUCGGCCUUUAACGGUUGUCAAAGGAGAUGACGAUGGCGGCAAUGAUGGGGAAGCGACACCACGGCCAACUGAGAAAUAAGAGUUCCCAUACAAGCUCGGUGCAUGGCAUGAAAUGAGCUACUGGGUACACAUGGUCCACGAAGAUGUACAUGUUUCGCCCGGUAUCUUGAAGUUGGAAUUUCCUUUGUAUCUAUGAAAUGCAGCGUGGCGUUUGAGCGAUGACAAGUGAGUCGACUUGGACUGCGAAUGAAGGCUUCGAAUGCAAGCGAUAGUUCGACGACUAAGGGGAAGGGUUUGCAGGCGAACAGACUGAUCUGUGUGAGAUGCUCCAGGGAUUCCCGCAAUAUAGGAACUGGAGCUUCCCUUGACUUCGCUAUAGUUGACAUUUCUUGGGGAUGCGAGCUAUGCAAAGAUGAGAAGGGGGCCAUAAAAACUGAAGGGGAUAAAAACAACAAGAAAAAACCAGGAUGCAGCUACUGGUGCAUGGAGACUUUGGCCCCGGCUACAAAUAUAAAAGAGGUGGUGCCUGUGAAUGUUUGGAGUGGCGUUGAAACAAUAUAGCAGAUAUAAAGGCCAUGGCUGUGGAUUUGAUCAUAACUAGGUACUCAAUUGUUUCUACAUUCACUUGCUAUGUUAGUCUUGAUCUGACUAAACGCACACAUAAUGUCACCAGCCCAGCAUACCACAGCGAGCAUUUGAGAUUAGUAGGUAUACUGCGCACGCAAUGCCGAUGUCUUGUACUGGUGGGUGUGGUUUUGCAAUUCUCAAAAACGUAUCAUGGCCGCAAGACCAAAGUAGCUGGAACAGAAUUAACGAAGGAGAAAGAUACCUGAGGUAAUCAUAGUGUAUGAUUGUUUCAUCUUAGCCCAUAGUAAUAAGUCCAGUCAAAGCGAAAAGCAAAGGAAAUGUGAAGAGGGGGGCAUUGAAUAUAAGGUAGCGUGGGGUCUGUAGUCAUGAGUGAAUCUUGUGUCGAGGCAGCUUCGACAACAAAUGGCAAUCAAGUACAUGGUUUCAUUGUGCAGGGGGUUGUGGGAGUGCUAUCCACCAACUCAGUAUGCAUACGUGUUAUGGUUAUUACAAAAUGGGGGAAGGAUGGAGAAGUUGAGAGGGGGGCAUACAGUAGGAGGGUGGAUAAGAUAUUCGAGUUGCUUGCACAAGGUACAUACAUACCUUAGUAACUACCUAGGU